AAGUCACACUCACACGAAUGCUCUACUGUAACUGCACAAUCUUGUUUGUUUUCUCUAAAACGAAGAGAGAGAGAGAGAGAGAAGAAGAAGCACAAUAAAAAAAAAAUAAUAACGUUACGAGCUCUCUUCUUCGGUUGCGCGAUUGAAGCGCUUGAAGUUGCAUCUUGAACAUUCGAUAUGGCUGAUAACAACGAUGAAGGAAGCUCCAAGGGCAAUGCAUUUCCUCUCAGGAACCCUAAUGUUACCUUGAACGAGAGAAACUUUGCAGCCUUCACUCACCGAUCAGCUGCUGCUCAUCCUUGGCAUGACUUGGAGAUUGGUCCGGAAGCUCCUGCUGUUUUCAACUGCGUUGUUGAAAUUAGCAAAGGUGGCAAGGUUAAGUACGAGCUUGACAAGAAUAGUGGCCUUAUUAAGGUUGAUCGUGUUCUCUACUCAUCCAUUGUGUACCCCCACAACUACGGUUUCAUUCCUCGAACUAUCUGUGAAGACAGUGAUCCAAUAGAUGUCCUGGUGCUGAUGCAGGAGCCUGUGCUAACUGGAUCAUUCCUCCGUGCCCGUGCUAUUGGUCUAAUGCCCAUGAUUGAUCAGGGUGAAAAAGACGACAAGAUAAUUGCAGUAUGUGCGGACGAUCCUGAGUUCCGUCACUACAGAGAACUCAAUGAGCUUCCCCCUCACCGUCUAGCUGAAAUUCGCCGCUUCUUCGAGGACUACAAGAAGAACGAGAACAAGAAAGUCGACGUUGAAGCUUUCCUUCCAGCUCAAGCUGCCAUAGCUGCAAUUAAGGACUCCAUGGAUCUUUACGCAGCUUACAUCAAAGCUGGCCUGCAACGCUAAUGAAGAAACCAGUCCACUCCGUUCCUCCUGGUUCACGUUGAUGUCACUAUCAUUGAAGCAGCCUUCUAUACUUGCUGCAUCUUCGUAAUGCACAUCAAAAAACAUUGUCGAACUUAUAUCUUUCUGAUAAUGACGAUGAAAAAUUUCUAGUACAAUCAUUUAAUUUGGAAUA